ACUGGCGUUUAGCCAACCAUCACAUUCGUUUUUGCAUGCGUUUCUGUUCAGUUUUACCUUGAUUGUUGUGUCGAUAGAGUGUUAUUGUGUAUCUUCGAAGACAUUGCCAUUUACCUUAUAGAAUACAGUGCAGGGUUUGGCAUAAAAUUAUUAGGUGUGUGUGAUUGAAUAAAAAUUUAAAUUCUCGAGUGAAAAAAUAGUUUCAAAAUGUCUUACCACGACAAUGGUUUCUGCUGCCUGAAAGUUGAGACUGGAGCUUUGAUAUUCUCAAUAUGUAACACGAUUUUCACGAGCCUGUGGUGUUUAUUAAGUUUCAUAGCCUUAUAUUUCUCACUAAUCGAAGUGUCCAACAACCUAGAGGAUGAAAGAAGCGAAAGAAUAUUUUUCGCAAUCUUGGUUUCUGGCGUUCUUAUCAUGAGUGUCGCAUUCUCAAUCUUGGCGAUAGUCUUCUCCAUAAUACUUGCCAAAGGAAUUUUGAAGAGGAAAGCAGGCUACGUCAAGGCAUACUUCCUGUACGGAGUGGUGGUAGCAGCACUGUCACUGUCAGCUGCCCUGGCUGCGAGCUUCCUCUCUCUGCAUCCCACCCCCGUGUUCUACCAGGAGUUUCCUCACGUCCCCAUAAUCCUAGCCGUCAUUGGUGUUACCCUACUCUAUGGUCUCGUACUGAUAAUGAUUCGCUUCACAUACAAGAAGUUCGAACGAGAACCUAAAUUGGACUGCUCAUACGUGCAAAAGUUACUGGAGGAGAAAUAUUAAUCCAUUUCAGAAAUAUAAAUGUACACCAAUAUCAAUAUUAUAUAUGAUUACACUUUUAUAUGUUUGGAAUGUUAAUAAUAUUAUAUACGAAACAAAUUAUUAUUAAACAUGUUUUUGAUAUAUA